AUGUUAGACACAGUUCCAAUGAGACAUAAUUUGUCACAUUCAGAUAAUGACUCACAGUUAGCUUCUGCUACAACACAUAAAUCAAGGUUUGAAUAUCAGCGAAUUUCAAAUUAUACACCAAAACAUUUCACAGAGGUCUCAACUGUGGUUCUUAUCACAAGCCUAUCCUCCUCUGUGUCCCUCAUACCAUUGAGAUUCCCAUCGAGUACUGUCUUGGAUACUCGUCUCAGCGCACCAUUCCUGCCCCAACGUCCAGCUUCUCGGGAUGCGAAGUCUGGGAGAGCGAAGCUAAACUUUCCUAUCAUUCAGUCUCGUUCUCAAACCGGUGCAACGAAGACGAUCAAGAACGCCCUUGAUGACAACGCGUUGGCUCCUCUACGUUGCUCCGCGACCUCGCGUCUGCGCCGCCGGUGCGCGAUCGAUCACUUUUACAGUGUUGAAGUCUCCAGUCUUAUCGCACAGCGUCCGGCGAAUGGGAUUCGGGUUCACUUUCAAGCCCUCCUCUGUGAAGCACGAAGCGCACUUCUGGCGAUCUCCCCCGCAAAGGCCUGCUUGUUCGACAUCUUCACUGAGCCUAUCGUGCGGGGCACCUCAUUCCGCCAAGGUCCCUUCCCCUCCAAGCGAGCGGGUUGUGCUGAAAGGCGAGAUGAUGCGCAUUCCAGCGAGGCGGCCUCCAAACCUCUUAUUCGCAACACAGGGAGGAGGGCUGGCGAUUUGCUGGGGGGUUUCAACCCCUUUCCCCCGAUUACAACCCUUUCUCUAGGCGAAGAUCUUAAUCCCGCGGAUCCAUCAGGGGGGCCGAUCCUGGACGAAUCCUUACCAGACGCACCCCUGACGGUGGAGGAGCGACUCUUGUACGUGAUCCUCCGCACGAGCCUUUUCGAUCACGCCGAUCUCAACCACGAUGGCGGAGCGGCGGCGGAUGGCCUCCAACCACCACGCUCUUUCGACCCCCUCACUCAAAUGAAUGGGAAACAGAAUCACCCUUUGGGGGAUCUCUCCACGCAUGGCGCGUUUCCUUCUCCCACAUUUUCGCGAUUCACCUCGUCUGGGGGGGAUCAUUGGAAUCUCGAGGCCAUCACGGGGGUCGCCCAGCUCCGUUGUUUUGUGGGAGGGGAUCGGGAUCACGCCUUGGAUUCUCCGGGGGGGGGGGUUCGCUCCCUCAACCCGCCGCCGCGUUUCCCCUGA